AUGGCCUGCUGCUCCACCAGCUUCUGUGGAUUUCCCAGCUUCUCCACCAGUGGCACCUGUGGCUCCAGCUGCUGCCAGCCAACCUGCUGCCAGACCACCCGCUGCCAGCCAAGCUGCUGCCAGCCAACUUGCUGCCAGACCACCCACUGCCAGCCAAGCUGCUGCCAGACCAGCUCCUGUGGCAUUGGCUGUGGCCAGGAGGUUGGCUGUGGAGCUGUGAGCUCCCGCACCAGGUGGUGCCGCCCUGACUGCCGCGUGGAGGGCACCUGCCUGCCCCCCUCCUGCGUGGUGAGCUGCACACCCCCAUCCUGCUGCCAGCUGCACCAUGCCCAGGCCUCCUGCUGCCGCCCAUCCUACUGUGGACAGUCCUGCUGCCGCCCACUCUGCUGCUGCGAGCCCACCUGCUGUGAGCCCACCUGCUGUGAGCCCACCUGUUAA